AUGCCUCCUAAGCGCAAGGCGGCGGACAGCGGUCGGUCCAGCAGCGCAUCGAAGCGCCAAACGCCCGUCCCGGACAUUUCCAGCAGCGACGAGUACUCGGACCAGGAUGAUGUGCCGGAGGAGAAUAAUUUGAAAGAGGUCAUCAGCAAAUUCUCGCUGGAGUCGUUCAGCAAGAAAGCACAGGCCCAGAAGACAGAUCCUCGAUUCGGCUACAAAGACCUGUCCUUUCUCCCUCUCAAGCGCGACCACUACAACCGCCCUCUAUGGAUCGAGCCGCGCCUCAGGCGCAGGAUUUCCCUGACCACGAUCGCCGAACCGUUGUCGCGUCCGACCUACUUGCAUGAAUACCGCUUGACCGGACAUAGUCUGUACGCGGCGGUGUCGGUUGGUCUCAAACCGCAUGAUAUUGUGGCAUUUCUCGAUCGCCUAUCCAAGACCCCAAUCCCCGACAGCAUUCGGUCAUUUAUCGUCGAGUUCACCAAAUCGUAUGGGAAGAUCAAAAUGGUUUUGAGGCACAAUCACUACUACGUGGAAACGAGUGAUCCUUCAAUGCUGCAGCGCUUGUUGAAGGAUGAGGUGAUUGGCCCCCAGCGAAUCGAGAGCACUGAAGGCAUCAUUGAGCGGGCUGCACCGAAGAUGGGUGGCCUUGUGAUUCCCGGAACAAAGGAUGCGGCUGGUGUGAGAGAGACAGGUACUCAGCAAGAAAAUUCCACGGCGAGAGACCAGUCAGAGGACGCCGAGGCUGUCAACUACGGAAUCGACGAUGUGGGCGAGGACGAGACGGAGGAAGCAACCACGUACAGCUUCGAAAUCCCGGCCGCUGGGGUUGAGGUGGUCAAAGCCCGAUGUCAAGCGAUUGGAUGCCCUGCACUGGAAGAGUAUGACUUCCAAGGCGACACCGUCAAUCCCAAUCUGGAUAUGGAUUUGAAACCCGCCGCGCGCAUUCGUUCAUACCAGGAGAAGAGCUUGAGUAAGAUGUUCGGAAACGGACGCGCAAAGAGUGGCAUUAUCGUCUUGCCGUGUGGUGCUGGUAAAACCUUGGUGGGAAUUACUGCAGCAGCCACCAUCAAGAAAGGUACCAUUGUCCUUUGCACCAGCUCCAUGUCUGUGGUGCAGUGGCGGAACGAAUUCUUGCGGUGGACGACCAUCGACCCGAGUGACAUUGCUAUUUUCACAUCUGACCACAAGGAAAAGUUCAAGCGAUCGACCGGGAUUAUCGUGUCUACGUACUCCAUGGUCUCGCAGACCCGAGCUCGGUCUUAUGAUGCCCAGAAGAUGAUGGACUGGCUUCAGUCCCGGGAAUGGGGCAUGAUGAUUCUCGACGAGGUGCACGUUGUGCCGGCUUCGAUGUUCCGCAAGGUCACGUCUGCGAUCGCUGCCCAGAGCAAGCUCGGUCUCACAGCAACGCUGCUGCGUGAAGAUGACAAGAUUAAAGAUUUGAACUUUCUGAUUGGACCGAAGCUCUACGAAGCCAACUGGAUGGAGCUGGCUGCCCAGGGCCAUAUUGCCAAAGUCCAGUGUGCCGAGGUAUGGUGUCCAAUGACGACCGAGUUCUACUCGGAGUACCUACGAGAGAGCUCGCGGAAACAGGCUCUGCUCUACAUCAUGAAUCCGCGCAAGUUCCAGGCCUGCCAGUUCCUAAUUGAUUUCCACGAGAAACGAGGAGACAAAAUCAUUGUAUUCUCGGACAAUGUCUAUGCGCUUGAGCGGUAUGCACUGAAACUGAACAAGGCUUACAUCUACGGUGGAACUCCUCAAAACGAGCGCAUGCGCAUUCUGGAGAAUUUCCAACAUAAUGAGCAGGUCAACACCAUCUUCCUGUCGAAGAUCGGUGACACUUCGCUGGAUUUGCCUGAAGCAACUUGUCUGAUCCAGAUUUCGUCGCAUUAUGGUUCGCGUCGUCAGGAAGCCCAGCGACUAGGUCGAAUUCUGCGAGCCAAGCGCCGGAAUGACGAAGGAUUUAAUGCGUUCUUCUACUCUCUCGUCUCCAAGGACACCCACGAGAUGGUCUACUCCGCCAAACGGCAGGCAUUCCUCAUCGACCAAGGCUACGCCUUCAAAGUCAUCACGCACUUGCAGGGAAUUGACAAAUUCGAAGGACUGUCGUACUCGACCCCCGCGGAACGACGCGAACUCCUGCAGGAAGUCAUGCUGCAGAACGAGUCGUCCGCCGACGUGGAACAGGUCGCCGACGAUCUAUUCUCGAUGCGCUCCGGCAAGCGCCAGGGUGCGAAGAAGCCGGCCGCGAAACGCAGCGCGGCCACCCUUAGCGGUCUGGCCGGCGGUGAUGACAUGGCUUACAUCGAGUACAACAAGAGCAAGAAUAAGCAGCUGAAAGACAAGAGCCACCACCCGCUGUUCAUGAAGAUUGAGCGCGACCGCUUGCGGCGCAAGAAGGACCGUGAGAUGCAGGCGAAGAAUGAAUGA